GAAAUUCCCUCCACAAAUGGGAAAGACGAAGAAACCCUCCUCCGCUGCUCCCCGCCACAAACAAGCACAAACCACCGCCAGACCUCUUCAAUCCACCGUCGAUGAUUCUUCUUCGGAAAUCAUAAGAUCAGCGUGCGAACAAGCAUUAAGGGAUGUGAGUAGCAACCCUCAAAAAUCCCUAAAGAGAAUCAAAGACUUGAUUUCCAAACACCCAAACUCCGCCGCCGUCCACCACACCCAAUCCUUUGUCCAUUUCAAAAUCUACUCUCAAACUUCGAGUUCCUUCUCCACUCUUAAACAGAAAUACCUCAACAACGCCGCUGAUUCAGCCAAGAAAUCCCUAUUUCUGUUUCCCAACUCAAUCACUCUCAAUUAUCUAAAUGCUCGGAUUUUCAUUAAAAUGGCUAAAUAUUCUAGUGACUAUCAAAGAAUAAUCGAUCACUGCUGGAAAGCGUUAAAGGCGCUCCCCUCAGGCUUGGGUCCAGGCGAAGACAUUAUAGCUUCCCAACCAGAAAUGGGAGGAAAGAGCCAAGAAUCAAGAAUUCAGACACUGAAACAAGUAUUACUCGACGUGAUGGAAAAAGCCAAGAUUGAGUCGUUAUUGAUCGGUAAAGAUGUGAGCGAGAAGAUGAAGGAAAGUGCCUGUCAUAGGAUUAAGGCCAGGGUUCCGAAAGAUGAGGAGUUGCCUUGUGAAUAUGAAAGAAAUGAGAAAAGGAAAUUCAUUAAAAACGAAAUUAAGAUCUUGAGGGAUUGCGAAAAAAGGGCGUGUGCUGGUUUUGUUGUUAAAGAUCCCCAAAGCAUUCUGAACAAAGUAAAGGCGGAUUCCAGCAACAUAACCAUUGUUUCGAACUACUGGAAGGAAAUGAGUAAUGAAGAGACAAGAGGAUUACUACAAGUGAGUAUUGAUGAGAUUGCUGGCUAUUACAAGAAGCAUGAUCGAUUAGUGGCGGACUAUUUGUUGGAGGCUGUAGACUUUGCAAGGAAGACGAACAAGUGGAAGUGUUUGAAAUGUUUUUCUUGUGCAUUGUUCUUUUUUGAAUGGAAGGAGUUGCGCAGUCAUGUUUUCUUGAAGCAUCUUGGGGGUUUAUCAGAGCAGCAAAUGGAACUUGUGCCCUUUGGAUUGGAAGAUAGCUAUGUUGAGGAGAUUGAAAAUGGGGUGUGGAAACCUGUGGAUGUAGUUAACAUGGCGCAAGAAUUGUCGACAUUCAGACAUUGCAAAAACAAUGUGUACCAAGAAAAGUGUAAGAUUUAUAGCGAUCAGAAGAAGUGGAUGUUCUGUGAUGAUGCUGAGCGCCAAGAGUUGUUGAAGAAAAUUCAUCGAUUGCUCAAGUUGUUCUUGAAGAAUCAGUGCCUGGCACCGCGAAUCUUGUCAUGGAUGUGGGACUAUACUAUUCAGGAGUUAGAAGAGAGUAUGGAGCUAGGAUUUAAGGAUUUGGUUCCUAUCCUAGAACAAACGCAAACUCCCCUGUCUAUUUGCUUUUUAUGGCUUGAGCAACUUGAGGUAGUGUUUGACUUUUUGGAAGAGCUGUCUAAUGACUGUGAUUUAGAGGACAAUAUCUCGGAUGAUGGAGGAGAUAGCAAAGAGGAAUUUUGUGAUUAUGAGCCCAUUCAUUUUAACAGCGACUCUUCAUGCCUCAUAUUGGAUAAGAAAUUCAUCAGAUCAAUGCUUGAUGCAGGAGAGCAUAGUAACAUUGUUGCAGAUGAGGGAACUGCAGUGAUUCCUUUUGUUGAUGACCCUGGAAAGGAUAUCCAGUUUGAUCGUUAUAGAUUUGUGAAUUGGUUGUUUGUGAGUGAUAAGAUUCAGGAGCUGCUAUAUUCAUGGAUAAAUCUCAGAAAACUUGAUAAAGAACUAGCGGGGAUGGUUUUCCAAUUUGUUGAGACAGAAUUUAGUUUCUUAAAAUACUUCUGCGAAAGAAAAUGCAGGUUGUUAGAGUACCAAGAAACGUUUACUGAUGUUGAGAAUAUAUGCCUUGAAGAAUAUAAGAGGAGGGAGGAAAUAUCGGAGUACAAAGAACAAAAUUUCGCAUCCCUGUUGGUUGAACGGCAAGAUGAGCUUGUUGAUUCUCAGUCUGAUAUCAUAGGGAAUGAGCAUGCGUGUAUAUUAAAUGUUCUGAGAUUUGCGCAAUAUGUUGGUCAUAAAAAGUUCGGACUUGCUGAAACAUUGAUCAGCACUUACUCUCAGUUCCCUGAUUUGGAAUGCCAUGAGGAUAAGGUGAAUCGAGAUAUACUGGUAGAUGUUUGUGUCAAAGAAGCAAUAAAGAUGGAGAAACAAAAUGUGGUUAGAGAGGUGGACUGCAAGUUUGCAAUUAUAGCUCAACUUUAUUAACCCUUACCUCAGCCUUUUGUAUUUGAUCUUAAAUGUCAUUAUUCAUUCAUGAUA